GUGUGGGGUGUAAGCGUUAAUGGAGAAGCCACAGAACUGCUGUCAUGGUUCCAUGGGACUGCGAAAUUCUUCAAAUUAUUACCAUCUCCUUUGACCGAUCAAAAUCAAAAACAAGACCCAUUCGCCCAUCGACGACCAUUAGCUGCUAUCUGUGACGGUGCUUCUUCGGCGCUUUUUUGUUCCAUUAACUUUUUGUCUUUGAGAGGAGGUGAAAUUGUGAAAAGUAUAAAAUUCAAAAGUUCCGUGUUAGAUAUUGCAGUCAAUAGGAUCUCUGUUGUCAUAUCGUUUUUAGAAAAAAUUGCCAUAUUUAACGCUCUUACUUUGGAGAACUAUCAUACUAUCACCACUUGUUAUGUCAGUCCUGGAUUCAAUCUAAAUCCCAUCGCCUUAGGGCCAAGAUGGUUGGCUUACUCAGAACAACGUUUGAUCCCAAACUUGAAAUCAGCUGGUGGUUGCGAAGUAGAAAGUGCGCCGUCGUACACGGCGACAGUUCUGAAUGCGGCUAAAACUCUCAGCCAAGGUCUGCGAGAGUUGAGCGGCUCUGUUGCCAGCAGCUUUUCCGGUAAUCUGUCAACUUCGCCUCUAACCAGUUCGUAUAUGCCAUUGGCCAGUGGUUUCCAUCGAAGUGACUCAAGUUCUAGUAUUAAUAGCUCGAAUGCUGGCGAGCUUUUGCAGCCCGGCAUCGUUACCAUUGUCGACGUAGAGACUAAAUUAUCCGCAGACGAAGCAGAUCGUAAAGAUGGAAUCAUCGCACACUUCGUCGCCCAUCCUGAAUCGAUUGUUUCCUUAUGCUUUGACUCAUCCGGAGUACUAUUACUAACAGCUGAUCGUAAAGGUCAUCGGUUUCAUGUAUUCCGAAUUCAACCGCAUCUGCUUGGAUCUUCGUACGCGUCCGUUCAUCAUCUUUAUGUCCUUUAUCG